AGCCAGUCUAGUGAAAACUUCUUCAAACAGAUACCGCAGUGCUAGCUAGUUGGAGUUAGUGACAUGGAGCCACGGAGACUUUUCCACUCGCCUUUUCCAAAAGCUGCUCCAGUUAUUGAACGUUGACCGGCUCCAGAGUUGCAUUUAACAGUUAUCACGGCAUAAUGCCGAUAAAAUUACUAAAUGGUGGAAAGAGAGACAGCUCUGUUGAGAAAAAUGGAGAUAAAUGUGACAGAGGCAGAGAAGAGAUCGGGGAAGAACACUGUCAACAUGCAGGAGACCUAUACUGUCUACCUCAUAGAAACACGCUUGUAUAAUAGGCCAGCUGAAACUGUCCCUGAGGGAGGCACACCAGCCGUACCUGACACUCUGUGGAGACGCUACAGUGAGUUUGAACUGCUCAGGACAUACCUCCUGGUCACCUACCCCUACAUCAUCAUUCCUCCACUACCAGAGAAAAGAGCAGAGUUUGUGUGGCACAAGCUGUCAGCAGAUAACCUCGACCCAGAUUUUGUUGAGCGACGGAGAGUCGGCCUGGAAAACUUUCUGUUGCGUGUUGCAUCACAUCCUGUCCUUUCUAAUGACAAAAUCUUCUUCCGCUUUCUCACAGAGGAGAAGGGAUGGAGGGAGGCUGUUUUGGAGACAGGUUUCCAAGACAAGGUUGACUCCAGACUAAAAUCUCUGAGCGCCAUGUUCAGAGUCAAGAACCCUGACAAGCGUUUCACAGCACUGAAGCAGUACAGUGAUGAACUAAACACUGUCAUCUCUCAUUUACUCAGGGUGCGGGCGAGAGUGGCGGACAGGCUGUAUGGCGUUUACAAGGUCCAUGGUAACUACGGCCGAGUCUUUAGUGAGUGGAGUGCUAUAGAAAAAGAGAUGGGAGACGGGCUACAGAGUGCUGGUCACCACAUGGAUACGUAUGCUGCAUCAAUAGAUGACAUUCUGGAGGAGGAAGAGCACUAUGCAGACCAAGUGAAAGAAUACCUCUUCUACACUGAUGCUGUCAGGUCAGUAUGUAGGAAACAUGAGUUGAGCCAGUACGAUCUGGAGAUGGCAGCUCAGGACCUCGCCUAUAAGAAACAGCAGAAAGAAGAGCUGGCUACUGGGAUCGUGCGAGUCUUCUCUCUGAAGGGGAUGACCAGUAAACUAUUUGGCCAGGAGAGCCAGGAGCAGAGGGAGAUCAGGUUGGCGGCGCUGGAGCAGAGUAUCCAGGAGGGCGAGGAAACAGUCAAAGAGAAGAACGCAGAGUGCCAAGAGUUUGUGCGAACAGCCUGGGAAGACAUCGAACGUUUUAAGGAGCAGAAGGACAAAGAUUUGCGCGAAGCGCUAAUCAGUUAUGCUGUCGUGCAGAUCAGCAUGUGUAAGAAGGGAAUCCAGGUGUGGUCCAAUGCUAAGGAGUGUUUCAGCAAAAUGUGAGCCACUGUUCCAGCCAAUCACGAAGCACGAAAGCAAUAGUCGGUCGGAUUGCACAGACUGGGACCAGUACACUACAGUCUUAUGGAGUAUGUGCGCCAAAUAUUGCCUUCACUCGGUUUGUUAUGCUAAAUUGAGGCCAAAGAGAAAAAUACUGUCUCAUUUUCUCAUUUUCUCUUUUUCUUUCACGCACACAUUUAUUUAGAACAAGGCACCAAGUCAUUUAAUGAGCUCGUGCCGUUUAACUCACCAGCACCACUAUCUCUGAUGUAACCUUCACACUGCAAAUGAUCCAAAUUUCCCAGACUCCUCUUUAGCUGAAAGCAUGUCCAAGAGGAAAACCCUGCAAUAAUAAUGCAUGAUAGCUGCACGGUGGGUAGAGCAGCACAGGGUCUUUGACCUGUAAACCUCUUCAACCUUCUCAUGACUGACGAAUGCACAGCAGAGUGCUACUUCACUCAUGAGAGAGGAGCUGCACAUUUCAGCCAGCUGCUAAUUUGACUCAUUUUAGAGUCACCUGGCUUAAAACACAUGGAAACUAACUGUGGUGUGUGCUUUUCCAUAUUUUACUUUUAUAGAUUCUACUUCUGGCAAGGGUUUUCACACUUUUUGGGAGAUCUUUUGAAGGACUGAAACAUGACAACUCCAGAAACCUCCUUAAUGUACCAACUAGAACAGUAAAAGCUACACACAUACAGACCUUUUCUUUGCUGUUAAGUUUUAUCGCCUUUAUACAAACAUUGGCUUUGUACAAUGGGGAAGUACAAAAGGUUGUUGACUUUCUCUGCCCGUUGUCAGUGUUUCUGAUAAGAUACAACUACAAUAAAUAAUAGACCUGUGUUGAA